UUAGAGGGAGAACAAAAGUUGGCACAUCCGGAACAGCAAUCAAAAGGCGCACUCAGUACGUUGCAGACAGAAGUUGCGAGCAGCACUACAGAGACACAAAGUCUCAAGCACCCAUCCGCAGAAAAAGCAGUUGAGAAAGCCGAAGAUCUCACGAAGACGACCACGACGAACAAACCUCCUGCCCAGACGACUAUCACGACCACCACUACGACAAACGCACCAACCACGACUACCACUGCGCCAGAGGCACCAAGUAUUACGACUACGGAGGCGCCAACCACGACGACAACCCGUGCACCGUCACUUCUUCACAGAAUCGACGGCAGCCUCAGCAGCUCUGUGUGGGUGUGUGCCCCGCUGCUUCUCGCCGCAUCCGCGCUGGCGUACACCGCUGUGGGCUGA